AUGGAAUCAGGUACUGCGACUUCAGUUAUAUCAAUGAGAAAGCAACGUUUCACUGGCGAUCUACAUUUUCAUGCUAACGGCAGCUCGUAUCUGAUCACGGAGCCAGGACAUCUUCAAUACGUGGGAAACCCAAGCCCCGAGAUUGAUAAAAAUUGGCAUGAUAUGAUCAACGAAUCAGAAGCCAAACAAGCUUGGAGCGACAACUUUGACGGUUAUUUUGAUGUAAUUGAAGGUGAAAGGUGGUAUGUUGGGGGUCUUGAUAUUCUGCACACUUUGCACUGUUUGAACACCCUUCGAAUGCAUCUUGACCCGGAAUAUUACUCUGAGCACAUGUCUCAUCGUCCAAGCCAGAACCAUAACUACCACUGCAUUGACCAGAUCCGUCAAUAUCUCAUGUGCUAUGGCGACCUCACACCAGUUUCGACGCGCUGGCAUGAUGGAAAAGGAAGAAUCUAUGUUCAGUCUGACAUGAACCACACUUGCCGCAAUUUCGACGGUGUUCUAGAAUGGGUAAGAGGUCGCAAGAUCGUCUACUAG